UUCGUGGUUAUUAUAAGUAAACACCCAUGUACUACCUCCAUCUAAUGUAUUUUAAUAGUGGAUUAUUUUUCAAUAUAUGUUGGCUUUAGUUUUUUUAGAAAAUAGCUUGUCAUCUUAUUUUAGGAAAGGGCAAACUUCGAACAAUAACAAGCCUGUUGUCAUAUGUUUCGGAGGAAUGUGCGCGAACAAAAUAAGCUGAUUAGACUAUAUCAGGAUCACAAAAAUCGUAAUAAAAGGUGGCAGAAAUAUGUAUACAACAUUCAUACUAGUUAAAUAAAGUGUUAUCCAGCGUUCAAGUACUAAUACACUGACAGAUCUGAAGCGAAAAUAUGAACUUCGUUGAGAAGACGAUCAGAUACGCACCGCAUGCAUUUCGUCAUCUACGAGGUUAUAUGUGCGUGUUCAAACCGGCUGACAAGGGUUUAAGCUGGCUAUGCGGAAUCCUUAAGUCGCAAAUAUGUGAAGGGUUGAACGCCUUAGAACAACGGCCAGUGAAAACAGACGUCAAAAUCAUCGGAACUUUAAAAAAAAAAAAUCUUGAAGUAAUCCUACAUCCUUCGUAUUCUGAUAGCAUUCUGGCAGUAGGUCCAAGAUACCAACCGCAAGAUAUCCGUUUGGAAGUCGUAUAUUCAACGCUCUGGGCUGCAAGUGGUGUAACUUUAGUGGCUGUUUUUCCUAGCAAAAGAGACGUAGCGAUGCUUCGUUCUUGCAAUCUGAUUCGUACAUAUCACGUGGAUUGCUUGCUUGGUCUGUCAACGGAAACUGGACGAGUCGAUGGAAAAGUGAUUGAUCGGAGUAAAUAUCAGCACGUCACGGCAGCACUCAUAGAAAGAGUUCUCAAUUCUAUCCAGGGCGCUUAUCAGAAAAAUGCAUUUUUGUACGCCGGUGUGGAGCCGGAUUCUGAGGACGCGUACAAGCUUAUGUGCAAUGGCUUAGUUCGACCGGACAAGUCUGGCUCUCCUCCCCUCAUUUAUUCUAUACGAUGUAUAGAUUUGCAGCCACCGAAAUUUACUCUUGAAUUGCAGUUGAUAAACGAAUCAGAUGAGUUUCUCUGUCAUCUGGUCCGUGACAUCGGUGGUAAACUUCGUGCCACCGCAGCUGCCGAAAGGUUUAGGCUUAUGAGGUUCGGGCCUUUUACAGCAAAUAUGGCAUUACUCCAACGCAGCUGGCGUCUAAAUGAAAUACUGCAGAAUAUUCAGGAAACUAAUCGGCGCCUAGACGAGCUGCGCUACUCAGACCUACUGGGACAGCGGACUCCGGGCCAGAGUAUCCUCAGGGUUGUGCACGAAUAAUCGUGCGGGCCGCUUGCUUACAAGGCAUUUAAUUAGCGUCGUGGUUUUGUUUUUAUUUUAAUGAGAAAAAAGGUGUAUAAUUGUGUAAAUAACUUAAUACAGUUGCAUUUAUACCGUUUAACGCGUAUUAAUUUAUCUUGAUCGAUAUCUGAUAAUAUAGUUUGUCGAAUGUAGGUAAAAUAGCAAUAAUUAAUUACACAAAGCUUUUUAGAUUUUGAAAAUUUAAUGCCAAAUUAUUUGAUUUUAGUACAACUGUUUGAGUAACCACAAUUGGCAUACUUGGUUUGAUGCGAUGUUGCUUCGGACGGAAGUAGCAGUUCGUGUUAAAUGAAAGCACAAAUGAGAAUAACAAUGAAAUAAUUACUAUAUAUAUAUAACUACUAUUACAUUAGUUGCGUGUUCUUUCUCGAAAGUAUGGUAUAAUUGUGCUUAAGUCAUAAGACAUAUUGUUACUCUUUAAAAAUGAGGGUGUGACAGACAGUUGAUUUCAAAGUCUUAGGCCUAGGAAUUUGACGUCAUUAAAAAAUUGUGAAUAAGCCAUAGGCAAACUAUUUAGAAACUAUGUUAUAUAAUAGUAAGGUCUGGACAUUUGGUUCUGAGUCGAUGAAGGUUUGCGUUAAAAACACUAGAAACAUUACCAUGAUUUUCGUCUUUUUUAUUACUACUAUUAUCGUUAUAAAGAGACCAUAAUUAGGUUUUCUAGAUUUAGAUUAAGUCGUUUAUAUUCUCUGAGCCAUUUGUAUCUUCUUUAAGUAUUGUCUAGUAGUGCCGCAGUCAGUUCCAGUCUAUCUAAGAAAUACACUCACGCCAUUACAUCGCUUCUCUUGACAGCAUCUUUUGUUUGCAGACCGCUUUGCUAUUUAUAUUCUU